UCGGCUUUGGCUAACCCACCCCCCAACGUUUCACGAGGCGACACGCCUCGGAUAGCGCCUGCAACGCGCCGGGUAGGCAGACCCGCCACGCAGCUGUGUGGAGACGGCGGCCCGCCCGGAGCGCCCGCGCCUAGGUUCUACCCGCGCCCAAGGCCAAGUACGGGGGUGCGGGGCAGGCCGCUUGAGAGAGAGACGAGCUCUCGCUGUCGUUCUGAUUGGCUCCCGGAGCUGUUCGGCUUCAAACCCGAAGACCAAAGUACCGCUGGGCUGGAACGACGAUACCUCGCGCCACUUCGGGGAACGACGUUUAUUGUGGAAUCUGUAGGAGCACCCUAACUAACUGUUAACAGUCAGAAAUUUUUCCUACGAUAUCGUCUCGACAUCGGUUUUCGCGUCGUUAGCAAUACUUUUGUGGGGCUGGAAUCGACGGCGUUUUGACAAACGACGUCGUUUCGAUGUCGUUUCGACGUCGCUUGUCGAAAAGCCGUCGAUUCUCGUCCUAGCCCCGCUGUAGAAUCGCUAAAGGCGUUAAAACCGAUGUCAAAACGAUAUCGUAUAUAGGAAAAUAUUCUGACUGGGUUUUUUUUAAAAACCAUAUCUGAAUUUUCAAAAAGUGUUUAUUCACUACUAUUCAUCUCAAUAUUCGUGUGGAUAAUUACUAUGAAAACAUACUUACGGAAAUGGAUUCCUGUACUUUUCAAUUUCUGUUCCAAUAAGUGAAAAGAAAAUUGGUAAUAUUGCGCCUCAUUCAGUUGGUAGCACUUGUAAGGAAUGUUGUUGUUGUCUGUUGUCUGAAUCCGGAGAGGGUGGAGAGUCGUUGAACUUUCAAUUAGUAUCUGUACUAUUUAUUUUGACUUGUGAAAAAACAUUUUGUAAGAAAUGCUGGUCAGUGGCGACAACGUUGAGAAUACGCAGAGCGUGAUGCUGGACCAGUUACCAGACGACGUACUGCUGGAGGUGAUGCAGCACCUGGACCUGCCGGCCCUUUUCACCUGCCGCCUCGUGUGCAAAAGGCUCGGGUUUCUGGCCCUUCACCCGUGCGCGUGGCGUCGUCGGCGAGUCGACUACGGUCUCAGGCGCUGGACGUGUCCAGUGCUGCGCCUGGCGCCGUGCCUAGAGAGUCUGGAACUACGUGUCUCAUCACCAGGGUGUCACAAACUGCUCUCCGCCUCAACCAAGUGCCGUGUCUCUGAAUUAGAACUGGACGUGGAGAGCAGACGCGCGGCCUCUCACGCAUGUCGGAUCAUCCGCAACCAAGACGAUAUCGGCGGGCUUUGGGGUCUUACAGUGGUCUUCAAAAAUUGCGCUCCCGGCGACGAAGCCGCUGCACUCUUGGCGGCGGCGUCGUUGUGUGGCCCUGAGGAGCUCAUUGUUAACUUCUUUGGCUAUAAAAGCGGACCCUCCAGGACCUCCAGGACGUCCGUGGACAGCCCCGUUGUUCACGAUACCGAGUCCAGGUCGCCUCUAAAGCGUUUCAGUGCCUCCUGCUUCUGUCCGCAAUUGGAGCCCGUCUGCAACUCGAUCCUGGCCACCCACGCCCACACCCUGGAGCAAGUCCUCGUUGGGUCCGCAAAGGUAGAAUCGGCCUCUGGCGGAACCUCGUACAUGACAUCGGUAGCACCCCUGCUGGCCGGCAUGCCAAACCUUCAGGACCUCGAGUGCCCCCUGCUCCCCGGGCUGGAGGCCGUGGCAGCCUGCGAUUCGAUCACACGGGUCUUUCUUGAUAUGGUGCCCAACACGGCACGCGCCGUCAGAUCGGCUGCCGAGUUUCUGCGCCGCGCCAAGCACCUGCGCGAUGUCACCCUGGAGUACUGCGGACAUCUGGACGGCCACCUCGGCGUGGACCUGGUGUUGGCGCUGGCCUCCGGAAGGUCGCGCGCGACUGUCGAGUCGCUGACCUUCUACCUAGGCGACUUAGUCGACGUGCUGCUGCCGUCGCUGCUCCGCGCGUUGCCCUCGUUGCCGGCCCUGCGGCUUCUGGAGGUGGAUGACGACUCCGAUGAGCUUCUGCUGGGAAUCACGCCCGAUACGGUGCCGGUCCUGGAAUCCCUCCGGAUUCUGAAUUUCGGCUAUUCGCCGUGCGCCCACAGAUGGUUGCACAGGGACUCGGUCAAUGUGCUUCUGUCGGCGAAUCCCUCGCUGCUGCUAUGUCCGAGCUAUUCUGACAUGUUUUGCCCCAUCGACUCUGGUGAUGAAGCUAAUGACUCUGAUAGCUCCUCAGAUAGCUUUGAUGUCACUCCCUGUAAAGCAUGUGCCAUGGGCUGCCACCAGGGCCUGCUUGACAAUAUUGUUCUCGAAAAUAUCGAACGCCAAACUGUAUCAUCAUGGACACCACUCCCUCGUGGCGUUCCUCAAUAAAAUUGAUACCUUUCGGUCGACGAACAUUUCGUUUUUGUGUUUAUUUCUUGCGAUUGCGGUUUUGUGAAUAAAUUAUCAAUUGCUUA